AUGAAGAUCCUAAUGAUCCACGGAUCCCGCCAAUCGGGCGAACUUUUCCGAGCAAAACUCCAGGCCUUAGAAAAACUGAUACACCGAGCUGUCGGCCCUCUCCAGGCCGACGGAGUUGAACUGGUGUACCCAACAGCUCCCUUCGCGGUAAAGCUCCCCUCCAGCGGCACGUCCGAACUACGCAAUCGGCACGGUGCAUGGAACUGGUUUGACUCCGAAUCCAUCGACGGACUUUAUCCCGGGCUGGAAGGCGGCCUGGAGUCUAUUGCGUCUAUUCUCAAGGAUUCCGGACCGUUCGAUGGGAUAGUUGGCUUUAGUCAGGGGGCCGCUGCGGCCGCUAUGGUCGCCUCGCUUCUAGAAGAGAAUCGAAAAGAUGCAUUUGUCCGAUUGGAAGCGGAGGCUGGGAUUCCAUAUCCCGCUUGCUUCGCCACACUUGAACACCCGCCGCUCAAGUUCGUGGUAAGUAUUUCGGGUUAUGUUGCCUCUCAUCCGGCUUACCAUGCUUUCUAUAACCCCGUCAUUCGGACGCCAGUGCUGCAUUUUCUGGGGAGUAUGGAUACCGUGGUGGAUGAGAGUGCAUCGAUGAGGUUGGUGGAAAGCUGUCAGGAGUUUGGGGACGGGAAGAAUCAGACCGUUAUAUGGCAUACGGGUGGACAUGUGGUUCCAAGUGGAAAGCGAGAAUUCGCUGCCGUUGCACAUUUCAUCAAGUCCAACGCGACCUGA